AUGUCGAAUAAUUCUGGUCGAAAGUCGGAUUUUACUCCGGCGAUUUAUACACGUUAUUUUGAACGGACAGAAACUCGAAAAUCCACUUCUUCUCAUAUUUUUUUUAAUGAUAAUAAUGAAGAAACAUCUAAAAAUUAUCAAAUAAAACGAGAUCUAAUAUUUAAACGAUUAUUUCCAUCAAAAUAUGUUGAUUCAGAUAAUAAUCAAACUGACAAUGAAUAUAUUAAUCAAAAUGGAAAUAAUACAUCAUUAAAUAAACCAGCUCAAUCUUUAGGUGAUUUUAUUCCUCUUUCAAAUAUUAAUUCAUCAACAUUAAAAAGCAAACCAUCAUUAGAAACAGAUGUUAUUCUAACAAGUUCAGAUGAAAAUGAAGAAGAUUUAUUAAAUCAAACACAAUUACCAACAAGUACACAUGAUUCAAUUAUUGGACAUCUUCAUCCUUGUUCAACAAUAGAAAAUGUUCGAACAAUAUUAAUACGUGAAUUAUAUCAACGAACAAGUGAUGCACAUACGGAAUGGCUUAAAUGUAAAAUGAAUCUACCACAAGAAUAUAUUAAUCCAAAAUAUUAUGCUGAUUUUCAACGACGUUAUAAAAAAGAUAUGAAGAGAAAUAAAUCGAAAAAAACAAAAUCUAAUUCAAUAAAUAAUAAAAUAGAAAAUGGUUAUCAUGUUUUUGAUUUAACUAUAAAUGAUGAGGAUGAUAAAUCAACUAUUCAAGUUAACAACUCAUUAGAAAGUGAUGAUAUAAUUGAAAUUUCACCAAUCAAAUCAGUAAAAACUAGUUUAUCUUCUUCACCUAUUAUUCUUACAAAUGAUUCAUCUACACAAUCGAAAUCUAUACCUGAAUUUAUUAUUCUCGAUUCUGAUGAAGAUAAUAAUGAUAAUCUCAGUCAAGAUAAUAAUUCAACAUAUUUUAUUGAUCGAUCAUCAACUUCAUUUACUUCAAUAUUACAACCAACAAUAACAUCUGAUGAAGAUUAUCAUAAAGAAGAUUCAAAAUAUGCUCAAUUACCUUCACGUAAUACAUCAUCUGAAUCAAUUAUUCGUCCUAUUAUAAGUAAACAUCAACGACGUAAACAAAAUACUCCAACAAAACCACUUGUUUCAGCAAUCGAUCGAAUAAUUGAUCAAAUAGAUCAAUCAAAUUCAUUAGAUAAUUCAACAACAAUUGAACAACAAAAUCUUCUUAUAAAGCAAAUUAAAAAACGAAAGAAGAAAAAGAAAAAAAAACUUAAUAAUUCAAACGUAAAUUAA